AUGACGUGGCAAACCGAAAGCAAAACUAUCCCUGCUGCUGGGACACGGGUCCUGGAGGUACUGCCAAACCAGCUUCAACAGCAAGGACCCAGCAGCGUAGAAGGGGCGCAAGUUUUGCCUUUUGAAGAAAGGGAAGUACCCAAGCCCUAUGUGCCGACAGAGGAGGAAAGAAGACUCCUCAAGGAAUGUGCUGAAGAGAGUGCCCGGUACAGAGCUUUUCCUUUGGCGGCAGCGAGCAUGCUUGCUACUAGUCUCUUAAUUCGGAAAGGUGUUCUAAAAGACAGCUCAAGAUUUGGCUCCUUCACAAAAGUUGCAUUUGCUGGAAUGUGCGGAUACCUGGCGGGAAAGAUAUCCUACUUGCCAAUCUGUAGCGAGAAAUUUAAGAAACUGAAGGAUUCCCCAAUAGGAGAUGUUCUACGGCAAGCUCAGAGACAUAGUUCGCAUAACCGUUCCAGUCGGAAAUCGGAAUUUUCAGACAUGCCUUCUCAGUCGUUUGCUGAAUCGCCUUCUCCGAGAGCGGGGUUCCCGCUUGCUUCUAGCUACUCAGACGAUUAUAGCUCAACGGACAGGGCCCUCGCCAGUUACGAACCCGUUCCCUUCAGUGCUUCCCUGAAUGAGUCGUCGCCUACAGGAAUUACUGAUUACGCCGCUCAAGAUCCUGCUCCAAUUCCAGAAGAAAGUCGUAAAAAAAAAGGCGUCACAUAUGAGGAAUUAAGGAAUAAACACAGAGAGACGUACGAGGUGAUGCAGCCACCGAAGGCAGAAACUCCAAGCAGGUUUUCACAGGACAAACCAGUUAAGGAAGUUAAAGUGAACAAAUACGGAGAUACCUGGGAUGAGUAA